AUGAUGAACAAUUUUGUAUCUGUUGAUGGAGAAAAACAGUUAUUUCCGAUUGAAAAUUACAAAAAAGGUACACAUAUAUGGUUAAGGGAUCCGGAAAAAGUAUGGAUAAAUGGUGAAUUAUUGGAUGAUCUCAAAUUUACCUCAGGAAAUCUUGCACAACUAAAUGAUGGACAGGUUAUAGAAUUUAACUUUGAAGAAUCGGAUGAACCUCCAUUCUUAUGUAAUCCUGAUAUUUUACUUGGUUGCGAUGAUUUGACAACAUUAAGUUAUUUGCAUGAACCUGCCGUUCUCAAUCAUCUUCGUUUUCGAUUUAUUAGACGAGAAGCAAUUUACACUUAUUGUGGUAUUGUUUUAGUAGCUAUUAAUCCGUAUACGAAUUGCUCUCAACUUUAUGGCGAUGAUGUUAUACAGAUAUAUCGUGGUGUUGGUAAACAAGUUCGAGAACUUGAUCCUCAUAUUUAUGCUGUCGCGGAGGAAGCAUUUUUCGAUCUGUGCAAAUUCGACAAAGAUCAAUCUGUAAUCGUUAGCGGUGAAUCUGGCGCUGGCAAAACAGUUUCUGCUAAAUUUGUUAUGAGAUAUUUAACAUCGGUAGCUUGCUCUUCAUCGAGUAAAUCAUAUGGUAAUAAAUCGAUGGAAGGUAUUGAAGAUCGUGUUCUGGCAUCAAAUCCAAUUAUGGAAGCAAUUGGAAAUGCAAAGACAAUUCGGAACGACAAUUCUUCUCGUUUUGGAAAAUAUAUACAAAUUGAUUUCAAUAAUCGUUUCGGUAUUGCUGGUGCUGAGAUGAGAACUUAUUUGUUGGAAAAAAGUCGUGUCGUAUUUCAGGCAGACAACGAACGGAACUACCAUAUUUUUUAUCAGAUUUGUGCAUCAAGAUCUCAUGCUCUCAUGAAAGAUCUCGAACUAGAUGAUUGGCAUUCGUAUUUUUAUACGGCUCAGGGAAACAGCGGUGAAAUCGAAACAGUCGACGACCGGAAUGAUUUUCAGCAAACAUUGGCUGCGCUCGAUCUUUUUCACAUCUCAACUGAUACUCAGAAGUCAAUAUUUCGUUUCUUUGCAGGCCUCCUUCUGUUUGGCAAUAUCACAUUCACUGAUGGAUCUGAUGAAUAUGCUAAAAUUGAUCGGAAUAGUUCGAAUGAAAUCAAUCAAUUAUGUGAAAAGAUUUACGAAGUAAACAAAGACGAUUUAUGUAUGUGGUUAAUUGCUCGCAAAAUUGUUGCUGGCGAAUCCGAUUAUGAAAUGCAUAAUCUUGCAAUUUUAAAGGCAGUAGAACGCCGAGAUGCACUGGUUAAGAUGCUUUAUGCCUCAGUAUUUGCUUGGAUUGUUAAAAAAGUAAAUGAAGCUUUGAGAGAACCAAUGAAAAGUAACAAAUCUAAGAACACUGGAAGAUUCAUCGGAGUUCUCGAUAUUUAUGGAUUUGAAACCUUAGAAGUCAACAGUUUCGAACAGUUCUGCAUUAAUUAUGCGAAUGAAAAGCUUCAGCAACAGUUUUGUCAGCAUGUAUUCAAACUUGAGCAGUUGGAAUAUGAACGGGAAGAAAUUGAUUGGACACGGAUUGAUUUUUACGAUAAUCAGCCAUGUAUCGAUUUGAUAGAGGGCAGACCUGGUAUUAUUGAUUAUCUUGAUGAGCAGUGUAAGAUGGGUCAAGGGAGUGAUCGCAAUUGGUUGGAGAAGUUACGAGCAUGUCAGUCGCUUAAAAAAACUCAACAUUUUCAAUUACCGAAGAUAAAAAAUCCAACAUUCGUAAUCAAACAUUUUGCUGCCGAUGUUACCUAUAAUGUCGAUGGUUUCUUGGCGAAAAAUAAGGAUACAGUAAGCGAACAGCUGAUGUCUGUUAUGAAGAAGAGUAAGUUCUAUUUGAUGCACGAGAUAUUAGAUGUUGAAAGCGACAAGAAACCGUUGAGAGAUGGAAGUAACUUUUCUAUAUCUAGCAUUAAAAAUUCGAUGAAGAAAUCUGUCUCUUUCCAGUUUCGAGAUUCGCUACGUGAAUUAAUGGCAGUACUUAGCACCACACGACCACACUAUGUACGUUGUAUCAAACCGAAUGAUGAGAAGUUACCGUUUACAUUCAAACCUAAACGUGCCAUCCAACAGUUACGAGCUUGCGGGGUUCUGGAAACAGUGCGCAUAUCUGCUGCCGGAUAUCCUUCAAGGUGGAUGUAUGAAGAUUUUUCUCGAAGAUACCGUAUUCUUUAUCACGAGAAGAAAUUAUGGUUUGAAGAGCCAAAAAUUUUCGCAGAAAAAACAUGUAGUAAAUAUCUUGAGAAUAAAAUGUAUGCUUUGGGUAAGACAAAAGUAUUCUUUCGAACUGGACAAGUAGCUCUACUGGAGAGAGUACUACAUCAAAAAUUAACAAAUUCAACAGUAAUGAUCCAGAAGAUUUGGAAAGGCUACAUCUGCCGGAAGAGAUACCAACAUAUCAAAGAAUCGCUUCUUAAAAUUCAGCUCUAUACGCGUGCAUUCCUGGCAUACAAACGCAUGAAAUAUCUUCAAAUGUAUCGUGCUACAAUUUGCAUACAAACUGCAUUUCGUCGUUAUGCAGCGCAGCGUCGUUAUAAGUUAUUAAAAGCAAUCAUUAUCGCGAUACAGACCAAUUAUCGAGCAUUGAUGGUACGACAAAAAAUGGAAAAGUUACGGCACGAAGAAAAAGCGAUUGUAAUUCAAAAGUAUUGGCGUGGCUGGUUAGUGAGGCGUCAUCAAAUCGAACAUAACAGGAAGAUCAUCAUGAUACAAUGUCAAGUACGGCAAUGGCUUGCAAGGAGGCGCCUACGCCAACUGAAAAUUGAGGCUCGGUCUGUUGGACAUCUGCAGAAGCUAAAUAGAGGCCUUGAAAACAAGAUCAUUUCACUGCAGCAGAAACUCGACUUUAUGGCACGAUUUUAAAAUGGUCGAUUAUGGACAAUUUCGGCAGAAGCUGAUAAAAUGCGGGCAGAAAUGGCAAACUUGGAGACACAAAGGUGUGUACUAUUGGCUACUAAAGCACAUGCGGAAGAUUUGGAAGCAAAAGUGAAAUUGCUAGAAGCUAUUCGAAAAGAAGAAGCGGCAAAGAAUACUAAAUUGGAGGAAGAACUGCAAAAUACGAAGGAUGGAUUGAAAAUGGAAUGUGAAGGAGCAAUUGCUAAAUUAAAUGCUUUGAAUAUCGAGUUAUCAAGUCUUCGUAUGCGCUACAACAAUUUAACAAAGCAGAAAAAACUAGUGGAUACCGAACUGGCCAAAGAAAGGAGUCGCUGCCUGGCAUCAGAACAAGAAAUAGCACAAAUGCGUGAACAGUUACUUGCAAAUGCAAAUCUUUUGGCCAGUCCAGCAUUAAGUCGAGCUGGAAGUAUACGACUCACUCAAAAAAGUUUAAAUCAGUCGGCUCUGAUUGCUGCUAAAAAUGGUAAAAUAGUUACUGUUGGUGUAGACGAUAAUGUGAUGGAUGAAAUGGUCCUUAUACUUAAACAGCAGCAUAUUAUUAAUGUGCUUCGCUCCAAAAUGGAACAACUUUCAAGAGAAAAUGAUCGUUUGAAAUUAAUAAUGGAUGCAAAUAUGCUGAUCGAAAAUUUAGAUAAGCGAACAACUAUAAGAACUUUUGAAGCGCAGCGACUGCAAGAGCUCGAAUUAGCAUAUACAAAGCUUAAAGAUGAAAUGGGACGAUUACUUGACGAGAAACUACGAAAUGGUUCUGAAGCAAUCAAUUUUCGAUCGUUUGUUGAAAAAAUAUUGGAAGAAAAUGAUAGGCGCCGAGAAGAAGCUGCUGAAUUACGAGCUAUAUUAGCGGCACGUUUCGAACAACGAGCUCAAGCUUCAAAUUCAUCGCAUCCUGAUCAAUGGUCUGGUACACAUAGCGAUGAUGAUUCCUGCAGUGACUUCGAUGAAGAAUUGAGUUUGGAACGGCAAUGCCGACAGUUCAAAUCACAUAUACAAAUAUUAUCACGGACAAUCACCGAAAGGAAUGCAGAAAUUGAGCGAUUGGAACAUCGUUUGAAUGAAUUAGCAACUUCGAAAGUAAGUGAUUUUUUUCGAGGUCGUAUUAGGAAGGAAUAUUAA